UCGAAGUAGCAGCCAAGUAGGAGGAGACCAUGAAACCGUCGCAAUGCAACCGCAUUAUUGAUCAGCUCAUCGCCGCCAUGAUUCAGAACCGUCCAUUCGACGCCGUUCUCGCUUCUUCAACGGUCGCGAAUCCAUGGUCUCAGCAGCUCGUUUCCGAUGUUCUCCGCUCAAUCCCAAGAUUCUUCUUCAUCUCCCCACGAUCCAUCGGUCGGCAAAAGGGUUUUCGUCACCGGUCACCGUUAAAGCAGAGAAACCUCCGUGAAGAAUCGCAACGACGCCGUUCCGAAGUCCUUUUUCUAGGUCCCGCCGCAUAUAUGGAUCCUAAGAAAGUUUCACUCGGGUUGCAGAAAGCUAUGGAUUUCUUCUUUUGGAUCGAAACCCAUUUCGGGUUUGAUCAUAAUGAGGUCACUUGUAGAGAUAUGGCUUGUCUAUUGGCUAAAGGCAACGACUUUACUGGUCUCUGGGAUUUUCUCCGGCAAGUCUCUAGAAGAGAGAAUGGGAAAAAUGUGGUUACCACAGCGUCUGUAACGUGUUUGAUGAAAUGCCUAGGAGAAGAAGGUUUUGUGAAAGAGGCGUUAGCUACGUUUUAUAGGAUGAAGGAGUAUCAUUGCAAACCUGAUGUUUAUGCUUACAAUACAAUCAUCAAUGCUCUUUGUCGAGUUGGGAAUUUCAAAAAAGCUCGAUUUCUGUUGGAUCAGAUGCAGUUACCGGGUUUUCGAUACCCUCCAGACAUCUAUACAUACACCAUUUUGAUAAGCUCCUAUUGUAGAUAUGGAAUGCAUACCGGGUGUAGAAAGGCUAUAAGGAGAAGGAUGUGGGAAGCUAAUCGAAUGUUUAGGGAAAUGCUCUUCAGAGGGUUUGUACCCGAUGUGGUGACUUACAAUUGCUUGAUCGAUGGAUGUUGCAAAACGAAUCGUAUUGGUCGGGCUUUAGAGCUGUUUGAAGAUAUGAAGAAGAGAGGAUGUGUUCCGAAUCAGGUGACUUAUAAUUCUUUUAUAAGGUAUUAUAGUGUUACUAAUGAGAUAGAACGUGCAGUCGAGAUGAUGAGGACAAUGAAGAAGAUGGGUCAUGGUGUACCUGGUCCAAGCACGUACACGCCGCUAAUACACGCUCUUGUUGAGACCAGGAGAGCGGCCGAGGCUCGGGAUUUGGUAGUGGAGAUGGUGGAGGCCGGGUUGGUUCCAAGAGAGUAUACAUAUAAGUUGGUGUUGGAUGCUCUGUCUUCAGAAGGAAUGGCGGAUACACUUGAUGAAGAGCUGCAUAAGAGAAUGAGAGAAAGAAUAGAAGAGAGAUGUAGAAGAGUCAUGAGGAUCAAACCGAUCAUGGCUCGAAAAGAGAUUGUCUGAAAACCGGGUUUUCACGAGAUUGAAGUUUAUGAAAAUUCUGCAAUGGAGGAAAUCUGACAGAUGGAAUGAUUCCUGCUCAAAAUUUUCAUGGCUUUCAUGAUGCAUUAGAUAGUUUGAUUGAAAUACUAAUUGUAGACCUAGUUUAAGCCUUAGCCACCGGAAGAUCUAACCACUAUGUAACUCAAACCUUGUAUUGUGCUUCUGUAAUAUUUCAUUAAUACGUUU